UAUCACCUCCUGAACGCGCAAGAGCAGCAAUGGCCGCUAUGGCUCGGCGAAAUCCUAAUCUCGACGAUUUUGUCGGAUUAAACUGGAGUUGUUGGGUAGAUAGUUCGAAUAUUUUACCAUCUGACGCUGGGUCAAAUGUUGAAGAAAGCAGCAAGCAUGGGAGGAACCGCCCUGAGACCAUGACCCUCAGGAAAGAAGAUAUGCACACAUUUGGCCACUGCCCUGCACACGAUGAGAUGUAUCUGGUGGUGUGCAGCCACUGUGGCCAGGUAGUGAAGCCUCAAGCCUUUGAGAAGCACUGUGAGAGGCGGCAUGGUCCUCUCACUAAAAUGUGUGGACAGUCUUUGGCUCCAGAGCAGCGACCUCGCUCUGCUCGCUCCUCUUCAAAUCCUUCCUUCUCUAGAGAGAGGCAGAAAGAUGGCAGAUGUCGUGAAGCCAGUGCCCCCUCCUCAGCGGCGUCACCGGCCCACCAGCACCGGCCUGGCAAGGCCCAGAAGGAGGCAGUGAGUUUUCUUCCAGUGGAGAAGUUCCCUCGGGAGAACGCUCCCCUCCCACACUCCUCCUCCUCCUCGCCUCGCCCCAGGGUCCCUCCUGGGCACUCAGGACCUCUGCCCCCUGGCCACUGUUCCUCCUCCACUUCUCCGUCAGAGAGACCCUCAGUGCAGAAACCCACAGCUGGGCAGUCCUGUGUGUCUCUCAGUCCUCAGCAGGGAACGAGGACCUACAGCCGGAUUUACAAAAACAUCAAUAAGAAAGAAUGUGACCUGAACAAGCAGUGUGGAGUUCUGGUCCCAGAGAGGAAGAAGCUGUGCAGCCGGGAGCUUAUAUACAAUACUGAUUCCAUCCACCAGCAGCAGCAGAAAGCAUUGGGAAGGACUAAGACCUUUGAUCCGUUGGCAGAGGAGCAGGAAGCAGCCUCCGCAGCUCAAGAUAUAGAGCGGCUUCUUGUCACACCAAAAGACAGAGAGCAACACCUGGAAGCUUUUGAAGAGAAAAUACCAACUCAGAGCUGUAAAACCUUCAACAGCAACUGUCUUCUCAGCAGGUCCGUUCCAUCAGUCAGCAUUCCGGAGGAGGAUGGCGACAGCGCUGUGGAAGUGGAGGUACAGCCUCAAUAUGCCUUCAACCAGAGCCCGCUGUCAGCCGAGGAGAGUGAAGACGAUGAGCAGGAGGAAGCCACAGACCUGCCUGCAACACCCUGUCACCCCAAACCUCUCGGGCUAUGCACUUUUGGAUGCCGCACAUUGGGUUGCAACAUCUUCACCUUCAACCGGCGUUUGCACCACCUGCGGUUUGCCCUCAGUGCCAUGUUGGAGCACCAUGUCAGCACACACCUGUGGAAGAAAAUGCCUCAAGUAUCAUCAGGUCUCAGGUCACGUCACGUCACGCCACCAGCUGUAGGAUCACCUGUCAGGACAGAGCCUCAACCCUCCAAAUCCACUGGCUCCGUCAACCUUGAGUCUACCUCACUGGGACAACUGGGAACCAAAACCAGUCCGCACAACUCCCCCAGUAUGAAAGCACCUUCUUCCACCACACCUGCGAGACUUGGACCUGGCCGACGGCGAACCAGCAAGGCUCGGCUGCGGGAGGAGGAGCUUAUGCAAGAUGCAAGUGCAGCACAGAAAGCUGCCAAGCUGUCACACAGCGGUGAAGACAAAUCCUCCAAAUACAUCAGGGAUCCCCCCCUCAAUGAGAAGGGCCAGCCACACGUCCCCUCCUCUCAAGGUGCAGUAAACGGUACCUUCUCAAACGGAACGAAGCCAUGCCCUCCUCUCCACCGCUCCCCCCGCAGCAAAGGGAGGACCCCAGGGAUUCAGGAGAAGGGGGUGGGCUACGACCCCAGGGGUCUUGCCCAAAAGCGCAAAGGCAGCAAUGAGUCACCGCCCCUCAGCUCCUCACUGUCCAGAACCUCCAAGUGUCAACGUUUGUCCUCCCCUUCCCAGUAGAGGAGACAGAAUGGAGAGAAUAUCUGGGCCGUGAGUAGACCAGCGAGCUGAGGCAUAAAAUACUGUAGGUCGCAUAAUACCAUCAAUGUCUCUUGAUGAUGUGGAUCUAUCAUAUUAGGGUUAAAAUGACAUGAAUAAUAACUUGAUUGUAUGUUUCAACAACAAUGAAAGCAUUUGUAGGUGAUAGUUGUUGUUUACCUCCUAUCUUCACAGCCAAUAAAGAGGCCAGCCUUAAAAAGACCAUUUGGAGGCGUGUGUGUGUGUGUGUGUGUGUGUGUGUGUGUGUGUGUGUGUGUGUGUGUGUGUGUGUGUGUGUGUGUGUGUGUGUGUGUGUGUGUGUGUGUGUGUGUGUGUGUUUCUGUCCAAAUUUGUUUAUGUGUUCAAUUUUUUAUGCACAGAUAUCAGGAAUAAAUAUGUGUCUGCAUGUAGCUGUAUGUGUGUAUUUGUGUGUAUUUUUGCUAAUUAUCAAUUUUUUACGUGUCCAAAAGUCUCAGUUUGUUACCUGUGUGAGUGUAAGAAUGUCAAAAUACCUCAAUCUACUCAUCAUGCUGCUAAAGUGAAAAGUAAUUUCAUGGCACAACAAUAAAACAUUCUUGAAUCUUUAACAGGCCUGUAUCUUCUGUUGUUUUACUGUGGUUCCGUA